CCGCAUACGUUGAUGAGAUUGUUGUUCUUAAAAAAUAUUUGACAAUUUAAAAGAAAUAAAGAACUCAAUUAAUUUCUGGAGGAAAUUGAAACAAUGUUACAAAAAGAUUCACCGAUCUUUGAUAUUCGUUAUGAUGUUCUACCCGUCGAGUGUAAAAACCAGACCAUUCCAAAAAGUUGUGCCGAAGCCACAUCCUGUACUCAUCGCAGUGGAAUCUAUCAAAUUCAACUGAAAAACUACAGUAAUGAUCAAUUUUUAGUCGAGUGUGAUGUAAAAACUCAAGGAGGUGAUUGGUUAUUAAUACAAAGACGCCAAGAUGGCUCUGUAGAUUUCUUUCGCAAUUGGGCAGAAUAUCAAAGGGGUUUUGGUAAAAUCGAUGGAGAAUUCUUUAUCGGUCUAGACAAGUUACAUGCUCUAACUAACAACAAUGGACCACAAGAGUUACUGAUCGUGUUAGAGGAUAAAAACGAAACAAGACACGCAAAAUACAGUCACUUUGUCGUUGGCAAUGAAAGUGAAUUUUAUGCCUUGCAACACUUGGGUGUCUAUUCAGGGGAUGCAGGGGAUUCUUUAAAUUUCCAUUUAGGUUACAAAUUCUCAACGAAAGAUCAGGAUAAUGAUAAUCGUGAUGAAUUGAAUUGUGCUGAAUUCUAUACUGGAGCUUGGUGGUAUAAUAAUUGUCAUCAAAGUAAUCUUAAUGGCAAAUUUGGCGAUACUACUCAUGCUAAAGGCAUAACAUGGUACACAUUUCGUCAAUUUAAUGUUUCGGUUGAGCAUGUAAAGAUGAUGAUCAGGAGGCGUACAUUUUAAAGUAAAUAGGCGUCAAUAUUAGACAGAAAAUCAUAAUUAUCGCACACUUUUUUAUGGUUUUUUAAUAAACAGAAAUUAUUUUAUUCCUUAAUAUUAA